CAUCCACCCGCCAUGUUUAAACAGCGUGUUCAUUUACUAGUAACUUCUCACCGACGCACCGACAGAAAGAGACAGAACCUCUAUUGAAUCCCAGCUUCAAUCCUAUUCACACAAACGGCUCAAUCCUCACGUCACCAUCAAACAUGGCUGAAAAUGGGAGCUUGAGAAUGGACACGCCCACCAACAUCUCAUUGGUCAGCCCCGGGGACCCUGUCUACCAAUCCCUGGAGUAUAAGACGGUGUCCGUCUUCCUGGUGCUGCUGGUCUGUGGUGUGGGAAUCGUGGGCAACGUCAUGGUGGUCUUGGUCGUCCUUACGACGCGCCACAUGCGCACGCCCACCAACUGCUACCUGGUGAGCCUGGCGGUGGCCGACCUGACGGUGCUGGUGGCAGCCGGACUGCCCAACGUCUCCGACAGCCUGACGGGCACCUGGGUGUUUGGCCACGCGGGCUGCCUGGGCAUCACCUACCUGCAGUACCUGGGCAUCAACGUGUCCUCCUGCUCCAUCACUGCUUUCACCGUGGAGAGGUACAUCGCCAUAUGCCACCCCAUGAGGGCUCAGACGGUGUGCACGGUGUCCCGGGCCAAGCGCAUCAUCGCGGGAGUGUGGUCGUUCACCUGCGUGUACUGCAUGCUGUGGUUCUUCCUGGUGGACAUCCACGUGGGGCGUGACGGCACGGUGCAGUGCGGCUACAAGGUCUCACGCAGCCUCUACCUGCCCGUCUACCUCAUCGACUUUGCCAUCUUCUACGUGGUGCCCCUCCUCGUCGCCAUCGUGCUGUAUGGCCUCAUCGCCCACAUCCUGUACCUCAGCCCGCUGCCUAACUGCCCCGAGGCGGCGGGGGGCGCGGCGAACGCCACCACGCUGCGCCGCAGCUGCUGCCGCGAGCCCCCGGAGAAGGGGAGUCGGCAGGGCCGGCCCAAGAGUGCACUGUCGUCCAGGAAACAGGUGACUAAAAUGUUAGCGGUGGUUGUGAUCCUUUUCGCCCUCCUCUGGAUGCCCUACCGGACGCUGGUUCUGAUCAACUCCUUCGUGGCCACGCCCUACCUGGAUGCCUGGUUCCUGCUGUUCUGUAGGACCUGCAUCUACGCCAACAGCGCCAUCAACCCUGUGGUCUACAACCUCAUGUCCCAAAAGUUCCGCUCCGCCUUCCGCGGGCUGUACCGGUGCCAGAGGCAGGACGGCCCCUUGCGGAGGAUGUCCUUGGUGCUGACCAGCAACAGCACCGUCAGGGACCCCAGGACGCCCCAGAAGACCAGCAACGGAACCAGUGGGAAGGCCCGCCGCGUUACCAUGAAUUCGACUUGUUGUUCCGGUGACCUUGUGGCCUCCUCAGCCAAUGACAAGAGAGACAGAGAUCCGAUCGACGUCUUAACUGCCAGUGGUAAAAAAGAUCUAGAGUCUACUGAAAACUCAGUAGCCAGUGAAAAAUGUUUGGAUUGUAUUGACACCUCCUUAGCCAAAUUAGCCAAUGAUACGAGAAGUAUUGAUUCUAUGGAAACUUCAUUUGCCAAUCCAUCAAGAGGUAUGGCUUCUGUGGACUCCUCCUUAGCCAAUGACACAAGAGGUAUUGAUGCUUUGGAAACUUCCUUAGCCAAUGACAUGAGGGGUAUUAGAUCUACAGACAUCUCCAUAGCCAGUGAUAAAAGGAAUAUAGAUUCCGACGGCAUCCUCUCAGCCAAUGACAAGGAAGAGUUCAAUCCUGAAGACAUCUACCAAGAGUCAAAAACAAGGGGGGAGGACCCUUAUUCUGAAGAGGACAGUGAUAACUGUCUUCAUGAUGAGCCCAAAGCCCUUCCCAGGAAGACAGAGAGGUGUGGGGAGGGGCUGAGCCAUACUGUCAUAUAGGGCCUGUUACCAUCCAGAGAGUCUCAUGAUGCAGCUGUCCACUCACAGUCCAGGAUGACACAGCCGUCUGGGACAGAUGAACACAGCCCUCUUCUUAACUACACCCCUUCAACACCUUCUGUGGUUGGUUUAUCAUCCACAUAAUUUUUUCGUUUAUUUAUCCACAAAGUGCCAUUGUGUGACUGCCCUUACAUGU